GUGACCGAUGGCCGGUCCUCUUUCUCCAACACCUAGCCUGAGACUUCGCGGCGCGGCUGCUAUCCUGAACUAGCUUGGUAAGGGUUGUGCCCUGAACCAGCAUAGAGAGACCUCGGACCAGCCGCCUCGAUGACAGCAUCCGCGUCCUUUUCAUCAUCUCAGGGUCUCCAGCAGCCCUCCAUCUCCAGCUUCUCCCAAAUAACCAGCAGCUUGUUUCUCAGCAAUGGUGUGGCUGCCAACAACAAAAUCCUUCUGUCCAGCAAUCGCAUCACCGCCAUUGUCAAUGCCUCGGUGGAAGUGGUCAACGUGUUCUUUGAGGGCAUUCAGUACGUAAAGGUGCCUGUUACCGAUGCUCGUGACUCUCGUCUCUGCGACUUUUUUGACCCCAUUGCUGAUCUUAUCCACAGCGUGGAUAUGAGGCAGGGCCGCACGCUGCUGCAUUGCGUGGCUGGAGUGAGCCGUUCUGCCUCACUGUGCCUUGCGUACCUCAUGAAAUACCACUCCAUGUCGCUGCUGGACGCCCAUACAUGGACCAAGUCGCGCCGCCCCAUCAUCCGGCCCAACAGCGGCUUUUGGGAACAGCUCAUCAAUUACGAAUUCAAGCUGUUUAGUAACAACACCGUGCGCAUGAUCAACUCGCCGGUAGGUGACAUCCCUGACAUCUAUGAGAAGGACAUACUUGCAGUGAUAUCAAUGUAAGCCAUCCCGGCCAGCCCUUGACAUCUGCCAUCGAUCUGGCACCAAGACUGAACUUGAACACUGACAUUUUGUUAGUAAAGAAAACCUGUUGGUGCCUUGUUAAAGGGCGAGAAAAAAAGGGAGGGGGUUGGAGUUUUGAAUGUAGUAAGCCUUACCUUAAUAGAAUUAAAUUCACAAAAUGUAAGAUGGUGAAAAUGUUUUUUAUCUUGUGAGGUCAAGCUCUUGGGGCCUGGCUGGAACCAGGGUGCGGCUAGUGAUGCUCAGCUCACAUAGACCUGCCAGCAGCACCCAAUACAUGUGGCAGGCCUGGAAUUCUGAGCCCUGCCGGAGGCCGACUAACUCAAGAGUGAAUCCCCUAGAAUCUCACCUGGUUCUUUCCAACCCAAAGUCAAAGCCUUAGACAUCUUGGCAUCCCUUGCACUUCUCCCGGUAAGUGCCAACCUAGUGGAUAAGUGGCUUUCAUUCAAGCUUUGCUCUGGAGGAGGCUCAG